AUGGUGUUAUUUGAGGCCAUAAAUAGACUAGCUGACCCAAAUACCGGGGCCGGUCUUACCGGAAGUAGACGCAGACGAAUAUUUGUUCCACCGUCCACCAAACGUCCAUUAUUCAGCUACGGAGAAGGAGAAGAUCAGCGGUCGUUCUUAUCAUUGGUUGAAAAUGGGUCGGAGUUUGGCUCAGAGCUGGAUUUCGACGAUGCUGCUAGUGUCAGUACCUCAAGAUCGUUGCCGGACUCGUUGAGCAGUGCACAAGCGACUGAAGAUCAGGAACUGUUUCAUUCGUGGUUGAUUGAGGAACACCACCGUCGAAUGUCGUCGGCUGCCAAUUCUGAAGAUGAAGAUGAUUUGGAUCAUGACCAUGUAUUUGGUGAGAAUAUAUAUGGAUCAGGGAGGAGGCGAGCGAGCUUGAAGUCGUCAAAGAGCUAUGAUUUGGAGAAUUUCAUGAAUUUGAAAACGACAUAUGUCAUUGAAGCCAAGAUUUUGAUCCGUCAUGCAUUGCCCUUGAUCCUUACAUUCAUCCUCGAGCAUCUUUUCUCAAUUGUGUGUUUAAUAGUUGUGGGGAAAUUGGGGACGAAGGAGUUGGCGGCUGUGAGUUUGGCUACAAUGACGUCAACAAUCACAUUUGGGGUUUUCGAAGGAACUGCCACCGCGUUGGAUACAUUGUGCUCACAAGCUUACGGGGCUGGAAAUUAUGAAUUAAUGGGUAUCUACGUACAAAGAAGCGUGGCGUUUUCGUGGGUGUUGUUUGUUCCCUUUGGAGUUUUGUGGUGGUUCAGUGCUUCCAUCCUCCAUUUCAUCAUUGAUGAUGACGCCGUCGUUCAGCUCACAUCGCAGUUUUUGCGAAUAUUGAUUGUGGGUGCUCCAGGUUACAUUGUGUUUGAGAACGGGAAGAGAUUUCUACAAGCACAGGGUAUUUUCGAAGCAGGGACCGGUAUCUUGUUCAUUAGCGCACCAAUCAAUAUCUGUUUCUCGUGGUUUUUAGUAUGGAACAGAAAUUAUGGGUUGGGUUAUAUUGGUGCACCUAUUGCCACGGCGCUAAAUUUCUGGUUCAUGUCAUUGAUGCUUGUGUUGUAUGUUCGAUAUAUCGACGGAAAGAAAUGCUGGUGUGGACUUGCAGAAUUUCCCGAAUUGGUGAAAGAUUGGGGCCAGUUUGCUCAUUUGGCAGUACCGGGGAUCGUUAUGAUUGAGUCAGAGUACUUGGCAUACGAGAUCAUGACUCUUUUUGCAUCGUAUUUUGGUACUAAACCUUUAGCUGCUCAAAGUGCAGUAUCGAGUAUCGCAUCUUUAUCAUACAUGGUCCCGUUUGCCGUCAGCAUUGCCGCUUCGACACGUAUAGCUCAUUUCAUUGGUGGUCAAAACAUGGACGGGGCAAUAACUGCCACCAGAGUUGCCAUGUUUGGUGCGUUUAUUGUAGCUAGUGGUAAUUGUUUGGUAUUCCUCGCCUUCAAGAACAAGUUGGCGCUGAUAUUCACCAACGACGAAGAUGUCAUUGGAUUGAUAGAGAGCUUGCUUGAUCCGUUAGUGGCUGUUUUACAAGUCUUUGAUGGGGUUGCGUGUGUUGAUAGUGGGAUAUUGAGAGCACAGGGUUUGCAGAAGAUUGGGGGUGUUAUAAACUUGGUCGCAUACUAUGCAUUUGCAUUACCGUUGGCAUUAAUACUAAGCAAAAGCUUGGGAUAUGGUCUCUUUGGACUAUGGUUUGGAAUAGGCAGUGGAAUGGUUGUAAUUUCACUAAGUGAGACUUGUGUCAUAUUGUUCAGCGAUUGGGAUCAGAUAUUGAUGCAAGCGGGACUACUUAAUGAUUCCGACGAUGAUUCCGACGAGGAGUCUGUGUAA